UCUUGCUUGACUUUACCGACUGACGUUUCGACCCGAACUACUUGUACACCCAGCGUAUAUCUAUUUUGUGGAAUUGUGUUAAUUUUCGUUACCAUGUCUGCUCCAACUGAACUAAGUUUUGACGAAAUUCUUAAAUUUAUGUUAGCACACAAUGGCAAAGUAACAAAUUACGAGUUAGUUAAGCAUUUCAAAGUGUUUUUAAUGAAUCCUGAUAUGCGGGAUCAAGCCAGAAACACGUUUAAAAAGCAUGUCAACACACUGGGCAUUAUAAAAAAUCAGAACAAUGAAAAAUGGAUUAUACUCAAAAAGAAAUAUUUUCCUAACAAUGAUAAAGAGAAUGAAGAUGUUAUUUCCAAAUUGCCUGAAUCACCGAGUGCGGCUUCCCCAACCAGCCCUCCAGAACAAAUGCAACCUCCAUAUCGCCCACCUCCACCAGUGCAGCUCAAUCAAGACUUUAGUAUUCUUACAAAUAUCUUACAAGACAGCCGGUCAGCUGUCAAUGAAGCUCCUCCAGAAACACCAUUAUAUGAAUCAAAGGAAAGUUUAACAUCUAUCUUAGAAGAGGUCCCACCAAAAGUUCACCCCAGAAGAAAAUCAUCAGAUAAAGUUAAUGAAAAGCGCUCAAGUCUAGGUGGACAUUCAAGCCACAGAUCUUCAAUACCUAACCAAGAUAUGAUCCUCGAUGAACCAAUGUCACCACCUUUGACAACCUCAAGAAGUGAAAGCAUGUUAGUCGACAAUGAACAGACAAUCUCUGUCAAGGAGCGAAAACAAAUGUUUAACAGGAUGGCUUCAGAAGGAGAUGUCUUGAAAUCAAACAAAUUAGGUGGGAAUUUUAACCAGAGUGUCGAUGAAGAUCGAGCUUCGCUGGACCCAAAGAGUGAAUCCGACCCUUUGGAUUCGAAGCAGAAGCAAUGGAUAUUAUGUGCAGCUCGUGGAGAAUACCACGCGCUGGCCAAGAUGUGCAAGGAGAACGCCAAACUCGUCAAGACCAAGGAUCCAUUCACGGUAAGUUAUAGAAAUAUGAUAGGUAGAUUAGAUACCUAAGAUUAUUGAUUGCCUUAAAAUACAUGAAUAAUGUUGUUGGUAGUAUACAAUUUUUUUUGUUGCUGGAAGUUGUACUAUAAUUCACACUUAAUUUUGUUUUUCAUUGUUUUGUUGCUAUGCGUGUCACGUUCUAUACAGCAGAGUGUUAGUUACAUCGUAACGAUAACUUUUAGGGAUGAUUCAGACCAUGAUUCUGAGUCGAAAUCAAGUGGAUUUUUCCACUUGAUAUCAACUCAGAGUCAUGGUCUGAAACAUCCACCUCAGGAUUCGUUACGGUGUCACUAACACCCAUACCUACUUACCCAUGGGUAAGUACCUACUUAUAUACUUGUACUUAUGUACUUGUACGGGGUGUAAGUGACAUCGUAAUGAAUAACGAGAGGGAUAAGUCAGCUCAUUCUGAGUUAAUGUCAAGUGUAAUUUUGCAUCGCAAAACUAAAGAAUUGAAAAUAAUAAAAAAAAACGUGAAUUUUGCGACGGAAAAUUCCACUUGAUAUUAACUUAGCAUCAUGGUCUGAAUCGUCCCCCGUAGUAAUCGUUACGAUGUCACUAACACCCUGUAUUAAUAAAUAAUUCUUAUUCUUACCCUAUGUUUCAUGUCUUCUUUGGAAAUGGUCUUCGCGUUGCUUCGAUGGAAACAAUUUAAUUACAAUCAACGUACCUAAUACAGGGUGUAAGUAUAAUACUUUUUUACGUUUGAGAUUUCCCUUUCAUUUAGGUACUUUUAAUUGACAUUCGUAACUAGAUCUCGGUCGUAUCCAUUAGUCCACUAUAAUUGUUACGCGUUAUCUGAUCUAUACGUAUAUAAUAUAUGUGUAAAUACGUGAGCUGACAAGACGAUAAUUACUCGUGUCGAAGACACAUCGUUCCGCGGAUCCUAAUUGACAUACAUGCAAACGCAAUCAAUAUGACGUGAGUGCGGAUGUAACACAUACAUAGAUAGGUACACAUAUGCCAUGUACCUACAGAUUGCAAUUCAUUUUCCACUCUUAAUAUUUUUAUCUAUAAUUUUAAUGUUUAUUGGGUUUUUCGUAUCAAACAUUAUAGGUUCUUAAAUUAAAUAACAUUGCGUCGAAAGGGUGGGUACGAAGUCAUGGCGUGAAAUAAUAUAAUUUAAACAUCCUUACUCCCGCUAGAUUAUUGGAUUGGUUCCUACAGGUAAUAGUUAUGUUAAAUGCUUGAUUUAAAGAUUCAGCUAUAUAUCUUCAUGGUCGUAUCCUGUCACAUGUCUGUUCGGUUCAAGUGUGAGGUAAGUUAACACUCUAGAGUCGAUGUUCGUCCGGUCCAAAAACACGACAUUGCUUUUUAAACGUUAAAAAUAAAAUAGCCUGUAACAAUUUACACUUCAAAGUGGACGGAAGUUGAGUAAUUUUAUUGACCACUCAAGUGGUACUUUACUUUCAUGUAAAUGGUACUUUUACAAUUCAAAUAUAAUUGGAUCGUUUCUUACUGAAACGUUUUGCACGUUGCGGUUUUAAUAACCGUUUCGUAGAUAUCAUAUAGAGGUCUGCCAGAAGCUGUUUUUCUCAUAGAUGGCUGGCUGGUAUGUGAGCCCCAGUCUAAUGCCCCAGUCUAGCAAAUGCUGGCAAUCAAUUUAUAGAUUGUCUAUCUGAGAUAUACUUUACAUUCCAAAGUAAUGCCAGAUAUAUCUUAAACUAAAAGUAAAAGUAUCUGGAAUUUAGAACCACGGACUAACAAACGAUAACUCUAACAUAAGAUUCAAAAUAAACACAUCCAUUGAUAUGGUAUGGUAAUGCUCGAUUAAAAGUAAGGAUAUCAUAAUGUUUCUUACAUUUAUGUUACAAUUGGCUCUUAAAAAUUAAGCAUUCCUAAUUAUUUAAUCUUCAUACCAUUUUAAUUUUGGUGCAAGUCAGGGGUGUAAUAUACUGGAAUUCGUCUUCGGUAAAGUCACUCGUUCGGAAGAGACAAGAGAUUUAUAUCAGGCAAAUUAUAAAGCUUUCCUUUGUGCAGGGACCACAUAAUCCUGUUUUAAAUUUAUUAGCUUAACCGACGAUAAAUUAGUAAGUUCGGUUGCCGCCUG